AACUAUUACAUAUAAAAGAUGAGAAUAUUAAGUUGUCUUCUAUCGAAUGUACCAAUAGUGUCCAAUACAUCAAGUAUAUUUCAGAGAAUAUUGAUGCAUUUCCCGGAUGGAGGAAACAUGUCCCUUGCAUUUGCCUAUGGAUCUGGUGUUUUUGCCCAAAAAGGUCACAAAAAUCCCACAGCUAACAUGUUAGACUUCAUAUUUGCUGUCCAAGAUCCCUUAAAAUGGCACAGCGAAAAUUUGAGUUUAAAUCAGAACCAUUAUUCAUUGUUGAUGCAAAAAUUAGGCGCUGAACGAAUUGCCCAACUUCAAGAAAACUAUGGUGCAAAUAUAUUUUAUAAUACUUUGAUUAUAUGCGAAGGACGAAUAAUAAAAUACGGCAUAAUAAGUAAUGAAAAACUUGAAAGCGAUUUAUUGAAUUGGGACAAUUUAUAUGUCGCAGGGAGACUUCACAAACCUGUAAAUAUUAUACGACACAGGUUUGAGAACAAUCCGAAAUUAAUGCUUGCUAUGAGACGUAAUUAUCAUAGUGCGCUGUAUGCAUCGUUUCUAAUGCUUCCCGAAGUAUUUUCUGAGUGGCAACUGUACCACACCAUUGCUGGUUUGAGUUAUUUAGGCGAUUUUCGAAUGAAGUUUGGCGAAGACAAAAAUAAAGUCAGCAACAUAGUCGAGCCAAAUUAUACAAGAUUUCAAGACCUCUACCACCCGAUUCUUGAAUCUAUAGCAGCCGAUUGCAGAGAAUUUGUGUCCUGGAAUGUAAAAAGUGCGGUGGUAGAAGUUGACAGUUCACCAAAAGCGCGACAUGUUUACUUGGACAAACUUCCGUUGAGAGUGCAGAUUCGAAUGGCGAGGGAAUUUGAUAGAAAUGCAAUACAAAUUCGAGACACUGAAGAAAUUCUUCGCAACAUAGCGCGGUAUGCUAAUAUUGAAGAUCCUGUUAGAGAUGCUUUAAUUUAUACUGUAAAAAGAUCUUCCUGGUCACAGAGUCGGAAGUCUCUGAUCGGCGUAGGCCCCGUCAAAGGGUGGAAAUAUGCAUCACAAAAACUCGACAAAAUGUGGAAGGGAAUGAAGAAUAGUAAAAAGCUAACAGAAACUGUAGGAGAUACUUGAUUUGCAAUUAAAAUUCUGCGAAUCAUUUUAAUUUAGUUUCCACCAUUUCAGUUUCGCUUGAUUGUUUACCAUACAUUUCUAUCCGACAGUUUAAAGGAAUAUAGUGACAUACCAUCCAAGUCACAAAAGAUUUUAAAGUCUCUUUUUUCGUUUUUAAGAACCAUUUAGAGUAGACCCCGAUGGUAUCUCCGGAUAUACUGUCUCGUGGUUUUUAAAUCCUAUUCCAGCCUUCAAUAGGCGGAACCUGAGGUUAAAUUCAUAGCGGUGUAUUGAUUACUUACUUAAACACCUGCAACUUCAAGAUUUCGUUGCAUUCCAGUUUUUACCCAGUUCUGUAUACCCCGGCUAUGGAGGAUGCCUUCGAAAUGAAUAUUUGAGGCAUCGGAACGACAUGCGGGGGGUCCGCACCGCUCGGGGAUAAUAGGUGUGUACCUUCAUAGGCAUUGUUACUUGUAUCUUUCCUAUCGCAAAUACAAAACGCAUUUUUACUACUAAUCUGCAAAGUAUUUUGGCUGGCGCACAUAUCACCAAAAGAUCUCAGCGCGUAUGGCAUCGUCACAUUCUUGAUGCUGAGGGGGU